UGAGAAGUGUUAUGAGGGGGGAGAGACAGAGAGGUUUAUUCGAUCAAAGAUUCCUCCCAUCCCAAUUUGCAGAGAAGAGGAAAUUGUAGAAGACCCACCCAAUCGAUCAAGAUUACAUAUUUGUAAGGGUUACAGGCAGUUGGAGAUGAUUUUAGCUUAAACAUGGCUUAUUCCACUUCCAGAAUAUUUCUUUAUCCACUUAAGCAAUCUCUUCCUGCAAUCACAUCUUCUUCUUAUUCUUCAUUCACUUCUUCUCCAAGACCAUUUUUGUAUACCAAAUGGGAACCUUUGAAGAGAUUGAUGAAGGGCUUUGAACCUGUACUGCGUAGCCGUAUCUCGGGAUUUCAGUAUAUAUUAAAUACCCAAAGAAGAUAUUUUCAGAAUUUCUGUUUACCAGGAGGUAAAAUAAGAUUGAAAAAUGCUAUUGCAGUGUCAACUGUUUUUGGAUUAGUGACUUUUGCUCCUCGUGUGUCAUAUGCUAUAGAUGACUUUGAUAAUUUGGUGUAUGAGCAUCAUCAAGAACCAUGGGGUGCUUCAGGUGUAGAAAAAGAUUCAAAUGUCUUUUGGACAUUUGCUAAGAGAUUCUGGUUGCCUAUUUUUUUCAUUGUCACUGUGAUCUCACAUUUGGGUGAUCCCGUUACGCUAGUUGCAUUCAAAGUUCUGCUUUUCCUCUUCAGCACAAAGCCUAGUCCUUUCUCAGUCUAUGUUUUUGUCGACGAGCUGUGUAAUCGAUCUAUGCAGCAAGAGCCUAGCUUGUUUGGUGUAAAGACUCUGUAUGCACACAAAGUCGAAGUUCGAGACUACAAGCUUCUUUGCCUUGCAAGAGUGGAAGUAAGAGAUCAAAAGUUCUCUUUAGUUGGAAUUCUUGGGGGUUGGUGGUCUUUACCUAGCCCAAGUCAAGGAGUUUAUUCUAUACUUAGACUCAUACAGAAACUAAAAGUACAACAGCUUGAGCUCAGUAUUUAAUGCUUGAAUAUGUACAUUAAAAAUGAACCAAUUUUUUUAUCCAUACUAGAACUGAACAUCCCCUUUCUAUUGCAUUGCAAGAAAAAGAGAGACACCAUUCCCUUUUCA